GUCACGUGGACGUCAACACGCCCGAACUGACUGAAACCUCCGCAGAGGACCAGAUCUAAGUCACCUCCCGGGGACACCCAGGGUCUGGAGCCCGUUUUGAGGCGAUGGAUGACGGGGAGCGGUCUCCUCUGCUGGCCGACCAGCACGACGGGACCAACGGAGUGUCUCCCGGUGGCAGCUUCCACGGACACACGUCAAAACCACAGAGUCUUGCCCCGUUCUCCAGCUCGGUGGCACCAGAUGAGCCUCCGCCCCCCUACUCGCCUCAGGGCAGCCCGGACAGCGGCAGCGCUCCAGUCAUCAGCUGCCGGGUCUGCCAGAGCGCCAUAUCUGUGGAGGGCAAGACGCACCAGCACGUGGUGAAGUGCAGCAUCUGCAACGAAGCUACGCCGAUAAAGAACGCCCCCGUUGGAAAGAAGUACGUCCGCUGUCCAUGUAACUGUCUCCUGAUCUGCAAAGUCACGUCGCAGAGGAUCGCCUGUCCAAGACCGUACUGUAAACGCGUCAUCAACCUGGGACCAGUUCACAUCGGCAGAGAAAGUCCUGAACCGCAGCAUCAGCCCGUUGGCAUCAGGAUCAUCUGUGGACACUGCUCCAAUACAUUCCUGUGGACAGAGAUUUCAGACCGGACCUUGGCCCGAUGUCCACACUGCAGAAAAGUCUCUUCUAUUGGUCGGCGGUACCCCAGGAGGAGGAGCCUACUGUGCUUCCUGCUGUUUGUCGUCCUCGCCGCCUCCACUGCAGGACUUGUGGCUGGUACGUGGGAACCCGCCCAGCACUCUAAAGGGAUCUACGUUUCCUGGGCGCUUCUGAUCCUGGUCGCUCUGUUCACCAUGGCAAGAACCAUCUACUGGAGGUGUCUGAAAAUCAGCGACCCCAUAUCCAACGUCACGUAGAGAGUGAGAGAGAGAGAGAGAGAGAGAGAACAGGGGGGAGGAAGGAAGGAAGGAAGGAAAGAAGGUAGGAAGUCAGGUAGGUAGGUAGGUAGAUGAGAGGGCAGGUGGAUGAAGAGAAUCACGGAAAGACUUUAGAAAAAUGGAGAGCAAGGGAAAAAAGAUACAGACAAGACAAAGAGGGAAGAUGCAUUUAAGAUAUUAAAAAUCAAACUCAACAUUCAUGCCAAAUUGGAUUGACGCCACCAAUUGGCCCCUUUGCCAAGCCCCGCCCCCCACUUCUACUCCGUCAAGCUGUCCUAGUUUUAAGAAAAGCGGAUUUCUGAGCGAAGCAAUAAGUGUUUGAAGGAUGUAUCUAGGAUGUCAAACUGAUUCAGCAGAGAAAACAUAUUCGAAAGAUAGAUAUAGAAGCUUAAGCCCUCAAAGUAUAAAUAUAAACCACCACAUCAUCUGGAUAUUGAGAGAGAAGACCAUAAAAUAAAGGAACAAUACUGUUCCGGUAAAGCCGGGUAGGUCUGUAAUCACUGUAACAAUCAUUAAAAAUCAAAACAAGCAUGUGUAUACAUUUGGUAUACCUUCAGUAUCUAGCUAAGCAUAGAAGUGCUAAUGCUAGCUGAUGCUAACAUACUCUGCUAAUGUCAGCUCCACAGGUUUUUACGUAGAAACAUAACUUUUUAGAAGCGUGUUUCUCCUUCAAAAUGUCACUAUUACGCAAAGUUUAACCGUGACUAUUACCAAACCCUCAAAAGCAUUGUCAAAAACAUCCUGAAAAUGAAGACAAUUUUAAACGAUUGCAUGUGAUUUUUAUGGAGUACAGACGGGUAGUUGUUGGACAUUGGUCAGAGCUGGCUGAUGCUAUGCUAUGAUUGGCCAGUCUGCGUUAGAGGGACGGAGCUUAGCGAAGGGUCAAAAAUCUUCAUUAAUACAUAUGACAUGUUGUUUUUUUUUAUCACAAACUGGGGAUGGUUGUUUGCAAAGAGGCUGAAUGAAAUAAGGAAGAUGGUAGUUUGAGAUAAAGACGGGCAAAGCUGGAGAAAAACUUGUUUAAAUUAUUUGUUUUUGACCUGGUAGUCUUAUUAAAUGUUGGACUGAUAUGUUGUUUCAAAGCCUGGUGCUGCUGUUUAAUUCACAACAAUAUAUUGUUAACAGGGUGUCAUUUUUGUGCCCCACAAUUAUAUGAAAUCAGUGUUUCUUUCAGAGAAAUGCAAUAAUAGCAAAUAAAAAAACUGUUUAGCCCUGAUUUAAAGAUGGAUUGAAGGAGGAAGGAGUGAAGUUAGACGUUAGGCUGUUUAAUCAUACCAAAUAGGCGAGAAAAGUACUUUUUCUGGGAAGAAACAAUAUGCGCUUAUUUUUUUGUUAUUCUUUAAAUGAUUUAACCCAUAACUUUUAUUCUGUUAUUCUCUCUAUAGUACAACAUAUAAUAAAUGACUUCUUUUUUUUUGUAAUUAAAUAUUGUUGGGAUUUUGGGAAAAUGCCAUUAUUGGUUUGAGAUUGAGAAAAAUGAGAAAAGGUAGAUAACCUCACAUCUGUACAGUACAUUUGCAGGUACAGCCAGUUAGCUUAUCUUAGCAAGCUUAGCUUAGCAAGCUAACAUGGAAACAGAGGAUAAAAGUGCACUAUUUAACAUGUUACAUCCAAUUUCUCUAUAAGAGAAAGGAAAACAAUUACAUAUUAUGCUUUUUGGGGCAUUAAUAGAUAACCACAAGAUAAUAUGAUGAGGGAAAUGUUAUUAAUAGAGGAUGUACAUAAAUGAAUUGGCAUUAAUUCAGAGUUAACAGCAGUUUCUUUACAUUUUUUCAAAGUCAGUCUAGAAGUAUGUCAGCGUUUACAUCAUCUCACACAUGGAUUUUUUGGGGCAUUUGAUUUAAUGUACUUGUGUUUUGUUUGAAAUACUUCUUCGUAUCAAAGUCAUAUCAAACUCUUCAUAUUCCGCUAAACUUUUAACUAAAAAAAGUGCCGUUUUUACAUGUUUGAGUCACUUUAAGAAAUCACUUGAAGACUUCACACUGAAUGAUUUAUUUAAAGAUUUUCUCUCUUUUUAAUCCACCUUUGUCUGACUUGAAUCAAACUAAAUUGAGUUGACAAACCAGUAAAACCAGUAAGUGACUUUUUCUCUGUUGAAGUGUAAAUAUUUGUUGAUUAUAUCGGACUGUACAGAAUUAUGAGAGCUGUCGCUUCCCCCCCCUUGUGGCUGAUUAAUGUAAGUACUCGCUGACUGUGAAACAAGUUGCACUACAUUGUACUGAUGUACUACUACUGUAUGUUUUUGUCAAUAUUAUUCCGGUGGGUGGAUUGUAUUUUUCUUUCUUGUAUAUUGUGAAACAAGGUAAUACUUUUAACAACGUC